AUUUCAUUGGUAAAACGAAGUGAAACCUGUUAUCGUUUAUAUGCAAAUCGGCAACUAUAAUUUUAAGUUGGACUAUUUGACAGUUGCCAUGUGAUUUCAGAUUCGAUAAAAUUUUAGUUAUUUUAGGAAUUCUUCGCUCUUACCAGAUAUGUUUAAACUGGAAAGAAACUCCACAUAAAGACUAUGACCGAAACAGAUGCUCGGGAUUGCUUUUGCGAAGGAAAAAAUAAAUUAGGAGGCAUAACCAGAACGUUCAACGUCAGUUUCCCGACACGUGACAUUAUAGAAACUAAUUCUAAAAGUUUUGAACAAAAUGAAGAAUUCAAGGAGUUGAUGAAAAAGAUGCAAAAAGUGAUCACGGAUUUAAGAAAACAAGUGAAAGAUACGAAUAAAAACAAAGUUCAUAUUCAUAUUAACGACGAUAGUGAUGAUGAUAACGACGACGAUGAUGACCACAUUGAUUAUGAGGCUGAUAAUGACAAAAGUGACGACGAUGAUGAUGAUGACGACAGUGAUGAUGAAGAUGAAGACGACGACGAUGAGGAGGAUGAUGACGACGAUGAUGAUGAUGAGGGCGAAAGUGACGAAGAUGAUACCGAUGAUGAGGACGACGAUGAUGCUGACGAUGACAGUGACGACGAUGAUGACGACGAUGAUGAUGACGAUCAUGAUAAUGAACAACAUAUCCAUAUGCAUUUACAUUUUGACGGCCACAAGUUUAAGCCUCUUAAUGCAGGAGGAACAUACAUGUCUUCCCCUGGAUUACUGCGGGAAGGACAUAUGUGUCUUUUGUGUCAAAAAAAAACUGAUGCCCAUCGUGAAAUUAUUCCUCGUCUGAACUUGCAUACUGACCAUUCAAAUGGUGUCAGAGGAAACAUCCACUUUACGCAAAAGGCUAAUGGUCCAGUAGAAAUUGAAUUAAACAUAGAUGGUUUCAAGAUGAAUGCUGCUAGUGCUUCCAUAAUAAAUGGUUUUUACACACAUACCUUUGGAGAACUGACUGAUUUCUGUGAUUCCUUGAGUUCUCAAUACAAUCGUCAUGAAAAAUUACAUGGAUCUAAAGAAUGUGGAAUCAGAUUUUCCAGAGAUCAGAAAAUAUUGAAAAAGGCCGAAAUGGCUGAAGAGUAUCUUGCGGUAAAGCCAGUCCUAAAGGUGCUUGCUGUGUAACUAGAAGAGCAGACCCAUAACAACUUAUAUAUAUUAUUAUACAAAUGUACAUAAAAUACAAAAAAGUUUCAAAAGUAUUGUGUUAGUUU